ACGCUAAAGUCUGAACCUUAUUAUUAUUAUUUUUUAUCAAAUUGUGAGCUUCUUUUGACAACCGAAAAAGAACAAAAAAAAGAGAGAGAGAGAAAUGCUAAGGUCUUUGGUGAGGAAAGCAGCGUCAGCUUCUUGGAGUGUAAAUUCAACCCCAUGUCUAAUAGCUAAUCGAAUCCAACUUUUCCAGACUAAACACUUUUCCAUAGGACUCCUUCCCGAUGGAGUCGACCGAAGCUCCGACACUUUUGCCCAAAACUCCGAUGCCAUGGAACUUCUCUUGUCUGAACUCCAAUCCCAUAUCAACAAGGUUCUUGCUGGAGGAGGAGAAACUGCUGUGAAGAGGAACAGGAGCAGAAAUAAGCUUCUUCCUAGGGAACGAAUCGAUCGUCUCCUUGAUCCUGGUUCUUCUUUCCUCGAAUUGUCUCAGCUUGCAGGGCAUGAAUUAUACGAAGACCCUUUACCGUCAGCUGGAAUAAUAACAGGAAUUGGUCCAGUUCAUGGGAGACUUUGUAUGUUUGUGGCUAAUGAUCCAACUGUUAAAGGAGGAACUUACUAUCCGAUUACCAUUAAGAAACAUCUAAGGGCACAAGAAAUUGCUGCUCAAUGCAAAUUACCUUGCAUUUAUCUAGUUGAUAGUGGAGGUGCUUUUCUUCCAAAGCAAGCUGAGGUGUUUCCAGACAAGGAAAAUUUUGGUAGAAUUUUUUAUAAUCAAGCUACCAUGUCUGCUCAAGGCAUUCCUCAAAUUGCAUUGGUGUUAGGCUCUUGUACUGCUGGGGGUGCUUAUAUUCCUGCCAUGGCUGAUGAAAGUGUCAUGGUUAAGGGAAAUGGUACCAUUUUUCUAGCUGGACCACCUCUUGUCAAGGCUGCUACCGGAGAGGAAGUCUCUGCAGAGGAUUUAGGUGGUGCUACUGUUCAUUGUAAGACAUCAGGGGUUUCGGAUUAUUUUGCUCAAGAUGAAAUGCAUGGACUUGCUCUUGGGAGGAAUAUUGUCAAGAACUUGCACUUGGCUGGGAAACAAGGGAUACUGAAUACAUCUCCUAGCACAAACCUUCAAUAUAAACAACCAUUGUAUGAUGUGAAAGAACUUCGUUCCAUUGCACCAGUAGACCACAAGCUGCAAUUUGAUGUCCGAUCUGUUAUUGCUCGUAUUGUUGAUGGAAGUGAAUUUGACGAGUUCAAGAAACUGUAUGGAACUACACUUGUAACAGGUUUUGCUAAAAUUUUUGGACAACCUGUGGGAAUCCUUGGAAAUAAUGGGAUAUUAUUUAAUGAAUCUGCACUUAAAGGGACCCAUUUCAUUGAACUUUGUUCUCAACGUAACAUUCCUUUGGUCUUUCUUCAGAACAUCACUGGAUUUAUGGUUGGCUCAAGAUCUGAGGCAAAUGGUAUUGCAAAAUCUGGAGCUAAAUUGGUGAUGGCAGUUUCUUGUGCAAAGGUACCAAAAGUGACUAUUAUGAUUGGUGGAAGUUUUGGUGCGGGAAAUUAUGCAAUGUGUGGUCGUGCUUUUAAUCCAAACUUCCUGUUCCUUUGGCCAAAUUCGAGAAUAUCUGUGAUGGGUGGUGCACAGGCCGCUGGUGUGCUGUCUCAAAUUGAAGGGGCCAACAAGAAAAGGCAAGGAAUUCAGUGGACAAAAGAAGAAGAGGAGAAGUUCAAGGCUAAGGUUGUGGAGGCAUAUGAGAGAGAAGGAAAUCCAUAUUACUCCACAGCUAGGCUCUGGGAUGAUGGUAUUAUUGAUCCUGCUGAUACCAGGAAAAUUAUUGGGCUCUGCAUCUCGGCAUCCAUGAAUCACCCAUUGGAAGAUACCAAAUAUGGUGUAUUUAGAAUGUAAUCAUAAUCAUAACUUGCAAUCCGUCCUCUUCCAACCAAUUGCAUGCAGCUCAUAAAUCAUUAAUCAUUGUGUCAAAUGUUAAAAUGCUGUUAGCGAAGACCCAUAACUUUUGUAAGGUUUGUGUGCCUUUCACUGAAGCCAGAAUAAGUUUAUGUUCAUGAUGUAUGAGAUGCCUAUACUAACUUACUAAA